GUAUAUUGCAGCAUUCGUUUGGCCACCGUACCUUCGGUCGGUUCUGCGUCCUCCUCAGGGCUUCUGUCGUGGUUUUCCAAACUUUGAUAGUUACUAUUGGAACUGAAAAUACACACAGACAAACACACACACACACACACACACACACACACACACACACACACACACACACACACACACACACACACACACACACACACACACACACUCACACACACGCAUUAUAUAAAGUAAAAACGACUUUUUUUUCUGCAUUCUGCCACUUGUCUGCCGAUUGGGGAUUUCUGCAAUGGAUGGAGUGGCGCAAAGUCUCAAUGAUGUGGAUGAUAUCAUUUUUCAAAGAGGCUCGAGUUCCGAAUUGCCGUGUACAUGACAGAUCCACGAACCCCCCCCCCCCCCCCCCCCCCACCAGUCUGCGGGUGCAGGUUAAACCGACGGCUAUCAGUUUGGGACAAUACUGUACGUGGAGAGAAAAAAAAUCGCGAUGCUUCCAAACUGAGAGAUGGAAGAUCGAAACAAAAUCACAGAUGAUGCUUAAAAAGCAAAUCUGGAUGGCUCGUCCCAGAGAAAAGUGAUGUGCGACCAGGAAGGUACUUUAAAAAUGUAGGCAGAGCGUUGAAAUUCUCAGUUACACCGGAAGAUUUCCUCUCAGCCAUGAUUAAAAAUCGAGAAAGUGCUCAGAUCUGGAAAAUGGAAAAUAGCGAAACGAAAGGUCAACUGCCAGGAGGCUAUUGGAAGAAAACGUCACGUGAAUCGGGGUGCCAAUGUUAUUCGAUAAGAGUGUCAGGACCCUGACAGUUUGUGAAAUAAAUAUUGGGAAACUGCGAGAUGCAAAAAACGACAUUCUACGACAACUGCACGCUAUUCGGUGGAUACACAUAUCAGGGAGCAAACGGUUUCAGCUAUGAAGUGGCGCAGGAACCCUACCCACCAUCUUCUCACGUUGAAAGUGAUUUCCAGAGGUCGGCGUGUUCCAUGCAGCCAGCUGGCACCAGCGGUCCGCAUGCCAAACCUAAAGACAUCAAUGGGAGCUACAUGCGUUCGAACCUCCCCGAGCACCGCCAACCUCCACCUGUCUCACCUCCCCAAAACCCCAGCAGCAACUCGACACAGCCAGGCACCAGCAAGACUCUGCCCAAGUCUUCACACUCCUCCACACCCAAUCUCACCAAGCAGAUAUUCCCGUGGAUGAAAGAGACACGGCAAAACUCCAAGCAAAAAAAUAACAGCAGCCCCAGCUCAGCUGAAAAUGCCAGUGGGGACAAAAGCCCGCCGGGAUCGACCUCCAAGAGAGCGCGCACAGCCUACACCAGCGCGCAACUGGUGGAGUUGGAAAAAGAAUUCCAUUUUAACCGUUACCUUUGCAGACCUCGAAGAGUGGAGAUGGCGAAUCUCCUCAACCUCAGUGAGCGGCAGAUCAAGAUUUGGUUCCAGAACCGCAGGAUGAAGUAUAAAAAGGAUCAGAAGAUUAAAGGCAUGGUGAGUUCUUCAGGAGGACCCUCACCGACUGGAAGCCCCACGCUCUCCGCGCAAGGCCCCGCCGGGUUCGUAAACGCCAUGCAUCCACUCGUCAACAAUUCUGCCUACGACGACCCUUCGCCGCCACCGCUGCCGCCGCCGCCGCCUUUCAAUAAACCUCAUCAGAACGCUUACGCCAUGACCAUGAGUUACCAAAACCCAAUGAAAAGCUGCUCGAGUCAGCAACAGAAAAGAUAUCCUGGAACAGCUCCAGAAUAUGAUCCCCAUGCACUACAGGGGAAUGGCAAUUAUGGGACACCAAACAUGCAGAGUAGUCCAGUGUAUGUUGGCGGGAAUUAUGUGGAUUCCAUGUCCGCUUCAGGGCCUUCUCUCUUUGGCCUCAAUCACCUCUCUCACCCUGCCUCCACAAGCAUGGACUACAACAGUGCUGCCCAGAUGACUCCUGGCCAACAUCAUGGACCUUGCGAUACACAUCCAACCUACACAGAUCUUUCAUCACAUCAUCCUUCUCAGGGAAGAAUUCAGGAAGUUCCCAAACUGACCCAUCUGUAGCAGGUGCAAGUGGGGAACUUGACUGGGGAAAAGUAAAUAACAUUAUCAUUUCCUUUUUCUCAUUAUUCCUCUUUGAUCCGUUCUCCUCUUUGUGUCUUCUUAUCCAUGUAUGCUGGCUUAUAUGUUGCUUAUAUUGUCCCCUCACCAAACCUGCCCUCCUAUGUAGAUUAUGCUUGCUCCAUCCCUCCCUCUUUCCCGCCUCACUGUCACCUCACCCCCCCCCCCCCCCCCC